CUUUCUCGCUUUCCAGAACCACGUGACCCGCCCCUACAUGGAGGGGCCACUAACGCCCGCCCCGAGCCCGCCAGCGCCUUCUCCUUGGCUCAGCGGGAGGCUGGCGCGCCAAGCGUCUGACGUCACCGCGACGACGUGUCGAGGCAGAUGACGCACCUUUGGAGCUGUUGUCUCUUCCUCUGCGCCUUAUCCGCGGCAACCCGAACUGGCUCGAGUGGUACCGGGUCCGACGGCCCCGGUCCGGGUGUCUGUGCCGAUCGCGGCCUGUAUGAAGGGACUUAGGGAUUCGGGGCCGGGAGCUAUGUGGUAGGACGGCUGCGGCGGAGGCCUGCGCUCUUGGAGAUCAGGUAUUAGGACUAUAUUUGUCUCAAAAGGAUUUUAGUAGGAUGCUUUCCCCCUCAGUUUUUGAGAAUAAUUUAUGAAGUAAGGAUACUAAUUGUUUAAAAGUUUGAUGGCAAUCGAUUCAACAGUUUCAGGAGCAACCAUUAAGAAAGGAAGAAUGCAGAAAUCUGAGAGUCAUGGAAGCCUACAGAUGAGAAACAGAGUGACAGGGACCUAUGAACAAAGAACAUCAUCAGGUUCCAAAGCAAAACAUAGAUCUGUAGUACACCAAAACAAGUCAUUACCUUCCAACAAUUCUCCAGAUUUUGUAAAGAAACCUCACCCUCGGCCAAGUGAUAAACUUAAUCCUAAAACUAUUGACCCGUUUAGUGAUCAGCCACGUGCCCCUUCUGCAUUUGCUGCUAUUUACUCCAAAGGAGGUAUUCCUUGCAGGUUGGUACAUGGUUCAGUAAAACACAAAUUACAGUGGGACUGUCUUCCUGAAACUCUUCCAUUUGAUCCUCUUCUUAUUACUUUAGCAGAGGGUCUAAGAGAGACUAAACAUCCAUAUACAUUUGUAUCAAAAGAAGGUUUUAAAGAAUUACUUUUAGUUGAAGGUGCUACUGAAAAAACUGUGCCCUUGCUACCUAGAUUGGUUCCUGUCUUGAAGGCAGCUCUGACCCAUUCAGAUGGUGAAGUGUUUGGAAGGGGAUUAAAUGCUUUAGUACAAUUGAGUGGUGUAGUUGGGCCUUCUCUAAAUGAUCAUCUGAAGCAUUUGCUUACAAGUCUUUCCAAGAGACUAAUGGAUAAGAAAUUCAAAGAGUCAAUCACCACCGCUUUACAAAAGCUAGAACAACAUGGUGGAAGUGGCAGCCUUAUGAUUAUUAAAGCUAAAAUUCCAACCUAUUGUUCCAUCUGCUCUUAAACCAAAGGAAUGAUAAAACCAUUUGGCUAAGUGGUGAGAGAUGUCAGAAGCUUGUGGUGAACAUCGUAGGAUCCUUUUUUAUCACAGCUACUGAUUUGUUAUUUACGUGAUAAAAAUUAAUACACAAAGUUGAUUCCACUGAAUCAUAGUAAAUAAGCAUUUAUCAGCAUGGGAAAAUAGUUAAUUAUGGAAAACUAUUGAAAGGACUUCUAUAGUGCAAUUUUGUGGGAUAAUUUUGUGGGGUUUACCAAUUUUUUUUCUUAUUGCAUUUGGUCUGUAUUAAGGACCACGGUUUUGUUUACAGUUUAAGAUCUGAUGUUUAUAUUUUAGUGCCUUUCAGUUGUAGUAUCACUUAAGUGAUUGCAUUAAUUUUUCAUAAUUACUUUGUCAUACUUUGUAGGGUUUUUAGACCUAUCAUAGAAAUUAGUAAGAAUGGUUAAACUGUUUAGUAACUCACUGAUAAAUUAUUGCUUAUAAACAGGUAUUUUUAUGAUGUGCAAUGCCUGGUGAAAACAUCCAGAACAUUUCAAAAUAUGAAUGUUUGAAUAGUGUAAAAUUCUGUCGUGUUAUAACAUAAAUUAUUAUUUUACUAUAACUUGCUAAAACCAUACAUGAGUUUAGAUGUUUAAUAUAUAAGUAAAUGUUAUUUUUUUUAUAUUUUCUUAAAAAAAUGUGACUUGCAAAUUGGGAUAUUUAAGAAUUCAACUCUUGAAAUUCCAAAUGGUAUUCACAAAAUUUUUAGUGUUAACUUAUUGACCCUUUUCCCCUUAAAAAUAUGUAAUAAAUAUGUUGUAGUUCUCAUUCUUUUUUACCUUACGAUUUCCUAUAUUACCUAGAAGAGCUCUUCACAUUAGGCCAGGGGUGGUGAGAAAAGAUUAAGUCAGCUCAACCUUAUUCCAGAAAGAAAAUAUUCCAGUUAACUUUUUGGUCAAAGUUGCUGCCAGACAAUCAACCAAUUAAGCGUCUGCACUGGGGAUAUAAAGAAGGGUAAGAGACAGUCUUGUUCCUCAGGUCAUAGUCUAAUGGGGAGAAAACAUGUAAACAGCUGGGUAGGUACAAACUAU